CGCGAGCUCGGAUGUGUGUUCUGGAGGAGUGACACGUGCUGAAGAAGAAGAAAAAAAAAGAUAAAAAAAAAAAAUUACGGCCACAUCCGGGAGUUUUAUUUUCUUUAUUUUUUAAUUGUACAUAUAUAUUUUUUUAUUUUUUAUUUUUGAGAAAAAAGAGAAAAAAAAAGUGGAUUUUGUUUUUUUUUGUUUUGUUUCUCCAUUUUUACUUGAAGUGGGAGGAAAAAGUCUGAGCAACCAUGGGACGAGGAGAAGGACGCGAGCAGUAUGAGCUGGCUGCGACCUCGGAGCAGGGCGGCAAGAAGAAGGGGAAGGGGAAGAAGAAAGAGAAGGAUAUGGAUGAACUGAAGAAGGAAGUGGAUAUGGACGAUCACAAGCUGACCCUCGAUGAGCUCAAUCGCAAAUAUGGAACAGACCUCAACAAUGGUCUGACUAGUGCGAAGGCUGCUGAGAUUCUGAUCCGUGAUGGGCCCAAUGCCCUCACUCCUCCACCCACCACCCCGGAGUGGGUCAAGUUCUGCAAACAGAUGUUUGGUGGUUUCUCCAUGCUCCUGUGGACCGGUGCCAUCCUCUGUUUCCUGGCCUACGGUAUCCAGGCUGCAAUGGAGGAUGAACCCGCAAAUGAUAAUUUGUACCUGGGUGUCGUACUUUCUGCUGUCGUCAUCAUCACUGGUUGCUUCUCCUACUACCAAGAGGCCAAGAGCUCCAAGAUCAUGGACUCCUUCAAGAACCUGGUCCCACAGCAAGCCCUGGUCGUCCGUGACGGCGAGAAGAAGCACAUCAACGCCGAGGAGGUGGUGGUCGGUGAUUUGGUGGAGGUGAAAGGUGGUGACAGGAUCCCCGCUGAUCUGAGGAUCAUCUCCGCUCACGGCUGCAAGGUGGACAACUCCUCUCUGACCGGUGAAUCUGAGCCCCAGACUCGUACUCCUGACUUCUCCAACGACAACCCUCUGGAGACCAGGAACAUUGCUUUCUUCUCCACCAACUGCGUUGAAGGAACUGCCCGUGGUAUCGUGAUCAGCACCGGAGAUCGUACCGUCAUGGGUCGUAUUGCCACUCUAGCCUCUGGACUCGAAGUUGGACGCACCCCCAUCUCCAUCGAGAUCGAGCACUUCAUCCACAUCAUCACCGGCGUGGCCGUCUUUCUCGGCGUCUCCUUCUUCAUCCUCUCCCUCAUCCUUGGAUACAGCUGGCUGGAGGCCGUCAUCUUCCUCAUCGGUAUCAUCGUCGCCAACGUGCCCGAAGGUCUCCUGGCUACCGUCACUGUGUGUCUGACCCUGACUGCUAAGCGUAUGGCCAAGAAGAACUGCCUGGUGAAGAACUUGGAAGCUGUAGAGACCCUUGGCUCCACCUCCACCAUCUGCUCUGACAAGACCGGCACCCUGACCCAGAACAGGAUGACCGUCGCCCACAUGUGGUUUGACAACCAGAUCCACGAGGCCGACACCACUGAGAACCAGAGCGGCACCUCCUUCGACAGGAGCUCCGCCACCUGGGCUGCCUUGGCCAGAGUUGCUGGACUCUGCAACCGCGCCGUCUUCCUGGCUGAGCAGAGCAACAUUGCCAUCCUGAAGAGAGACGUGGCCGGUGACGCCUCCGAGUCGGCUCUGCUGAAAUGUAUCGAGCUGUGCUGCGGAUCCGUCCAGGAGAUGAGAGAGAAAAACCCCAAAAUAUCCGAGAUCCCCUUCAACUCGACCAACAAGUACCAGCUUUCCAUUCACAAAAAUGGCACACCUGAAGGAGAGUCCAAGCACCUGCUGGUGAUGAAAGGAGCCCCGGAGAGGAUUUUGGACCGCUGCUCCACCAUCAUGCUGCAGGGCAAAGAGCAGCCUCUGGACGACGAGAUGAAAGACGCUUUCCAGAACGCCUACCUGGAGCUGGGAGGACUGGGAGAAAGAGUGCUGGGUUUCUGCCACUUCAACAUGCCUGACGACCAGUUCCCAGAAGACUUUGCUUUCGACACAGACGAGGUGAACUUCCCCACUGAGAACCUGUGCUUCAUCGGCCUCAUGUCCAUGAUCGACCCUCCUCGUGCCGCUGUGCCCGAUGCCGUCGGCAAAUGCAGGAGCGCUGGGAUCAAGGUCAUCAUGGUCACAGGUGAUCAUCCAAUCACAGCUAAGGCCAUUGCUAAGGGUGUGGGCAUCAUCUCCGAAGGCAACGAGACCGUUGAGGACAUCGCUGCACGUCUGAACAUCCCAAUCAACGAAGUUAACCCAAGAGAUGCCAAGGCCUGUGUCGUCCACGGUGGAGACCUCAAAGAUCUGUCCCCAGAGCAGCUCGACGACAUCCUGAAGUACCACACCGAGAUCGUCUUCGCCCGAACCUCCCCGCAGCAGAAACUGAUCAUCGUGGAAGGCUGCCAGAGACAGGGAGCCAUUGUGGCUGUGACAGGCGACGGCGUGAACGACUCUCCGGCUCUGAAGAAGGCCGACAUCGGCGUCGCCAUGGGUAUCGCUGGAUCUGACGUCUCCAAGCAGGCCGCUGACAUGAUCCUGCUGGACGACAACUUUGCCUCCAUCGUUACCGGAGUGGAAGAAGGCCGUCUGAUCUUUGACAACUUGAAGAAAUCCAUCGCCUACACCCUGACCAGCAACAUCCCUGAGAUCACCCCCUUCCUCCUCUUCAUCAUCGCCAACAUCCCUCUGCCCCUGGGAACCGUCACCAUCCUCUGUAUUGACCUGGGAACUGACAUGGUCCCCGCCAUCUCUCUGGCUUAUGAAGCAGCUGAGAGUGACAUCAUGAAGAGACAGCCCAGAAACCCCAAAACAGACAAACUGGUGAACGAGAGGCUCAUCAGCAUAGCAUACGGACAGAUCGGUAUGAUCCAGGCGCUGGCAGGUUUCUUCACCUACUUUGUGAUCCUGGCUGAAAAUGGCUUCCUGCCCACCACCCUGCUGGGCAUCAGAGUGAACUGGGAUAAUAAAUACAUCAAUGAUCUGGAGGACAGCUACGGACAGCAGUGGACUUACGAGCAGAGGAAGAUCGUGGAGUUCACCUGCCACACAGCCUUCUUCGUCAGCAUCGUCAUCGUCCAGUGGGCCGAUCUGAUCAUCUGUAAGACCAGGAGGAACUCUGUCUUCCAACAGGGCAUGAAGAACAAGAUCCUGAUCUUUGGACUGUUUGAGGAGACCGCCCUGGCCGCCUUCCUCUCUUACUGCCCCGGCAUGGACGUCGCCCUCAGAAUGUACCCUCUCAAGCCCAACUGGUGGUUCUGCGCCUUCCCUUACUCCCUGCUCAUCUUUAUCUAUGAUGAAAUCCGUAAGCUGAUCCUCAGACGCAGCCCAGGAGGUUGGGUGGAACGGGAGACCUACUAUUAAAGACCCCGUCAGUCCAGUCAGCUCGCAUCUUCUCCUCCACUCCCGUCUUUGCAUGAAUAUUGUCUUGCUGCUCGGAAAUAAAAUUUUAACCUCUGUGAAGAAGAAAAAAAAAAUAAUUGGAACGUGUUUUUAUAUUUAGGGAAUGCUUGAUACUACUAUUAAACAAAUACUGAGAUGGAACAUGCUGAUGAUAAUGAUGCUGAUGAUGAUGCUGAUGAUGAUGUUGAUAAAUGAUAAUGCUAAUAAUGACAUGAACACUGAACAUUGACAUGACUAUGCGUGCCUUGUUUCUGAAACAGGACCAAUUUUAUACAUGUUUUUAACGUUCAAUAAAAAUGCGCUCGAGUCAGGUCCCACAAA